CCUGGUCCCCUAGGCUAUAAAGAAUUAUUCUAAAGAAUGUACGUCACUGUCAUCAGCUGUUGUCAAUAAUAACCUACAAUUUGAGUUAUUCCUAAUUCCUAAUAACGGAAACUACAAUAUAUAGAAUUAUUUUAUAAAUAAUUCAAUUUUAAUUGAUUCUGAAAAUACAAAAUGCUAAAAACAUUAUUGCGAAAACCGAAAGUCAUUAUAAAAAUGCAAUCGAAAGUUAAAUUUCCGGAGAAGUUUAAAGGGACAAUACUAGAAAAAUGGGCGAAUUAUUGGAAAAAUCUAGUAAUAGAUUACCGACAAAUGUUGCAAGAUCUACGAACUGAUAUGCAAGACGAUCCAAUAAAGGCCUUGAAGUGGACUACUGGUAUAGUUACUUUAUAUGCCUUGGCACAAAAUAAUCCGAAUGAAUCCGAUUUUAAGGAUCAAAUGAAACGUAUCACAAAUGAGGUAAUAUUAGUGAGUGAAGAAUGUAGACACCCUGAAUCAAUUGAACAUCUGCAGUACUUGCAACAAUGUUACAAUGAAGGUGUUAUUCAAUACACAAAUUUAGGAAUCAUCUCCUUCAUGUAUACAUCAAAUUUAAACGAUUCAUGUGAUUUGUACAAAGCUCACUGUUCAUAUUUAAAGCCUUCAUAUUUUAGUAUUUUUUCACGUAUAUUGGAUGUGGGAUUCAUAGGCAGGUGGUGGAAUAUUCACAUAAAGACAACAAACUAUGAUGUUAAUGUUUGAACUUUACAAUAUGUACACUAGUUGUGUUAACUGACUGCAGUCACUAUGGCUCCACUUUUAAUGCUACAAUAAAAUCCAAAUGGUACUUUGUAUUUAAAUAAAAUAUUUAUUGUUA